CCCUCUCUCUCUCUCUCUACAAAUCCAAGGGCUGGAUUAUUGCUAUAAAAUGAUUAUAGUCUUCAUAAAACCAAAAUAGAGCUACUCAAGGGUAUUGGGUGUCUCAAAUCUUUUCAUAUGCAGGCGAUGUAACUUUCGAAACCAAAACAUGGCUUUGGAAGCACUUUCUUCCAAUGAACUCUUGAACUUCAUCAUCUACGACACAAUCUCUGCAACCCCAUAUAGCUGCAAUGACUCUUCAGAGACGACUACCUUCUUGUUGGACAAUGGUCUCCCUCUAAACCCCCAAGAAAUAGGUCUUGCCUUGAAUAAUAGCUCUUUAUCAAUGGCCCCCCAACAAUGCGACUCUGUUGGUGUUGGGCCAGAAACUAUCGAAAAGAGAGAGAAUUCGUCGGUGCAGACAAGAAAGAAGAGGAGAAGAAGGCCAAAAAUCUGCAAGAACAAAGAGGAAGCUGAGACACAAAGGAUGACACACAUUGCAGUGGAACGAAAUCGCCGGAAGCAGAUGAAUGAGCAUCUUGCUGUUUUGCGGUCACUCAUGCCCGAAUCUUAUGUCCAAAAGGGUGACCAGGCCUCUAUAGUAGGUGGUGCCAUAGAAUUUGUGAAGGAGCUUGAGCAACUCCUACAGUCCCUUGAAGCUCAGAAGUUUCUUAUUUUACAAGGUGGACAAGAACUCAGUAAAGACACCACCGCCACCACCACCGCCGCCACAAACUUUAUUUCAUCUCCUUUUUCUCAGUUUUUUGCUUUCCCUCAGUACACCUGUUCUGAAAUCCCAAGCAAAUACACAUCACAGAGUAAAGCAGCCAUGGCGGACAUUGAGGUCACUUUAAUUGAAACCCAUGCAAAUAUUCGAAUCCUUUCCCAAAGAAGAGUUAGACAGCUCUCGAAAAUGGUUGCUGGGUUUCAGACACUUUCUCUCUCCAUACUUCAUCUCAAUGUCACCACCUUAGACCCGCUGGUGCUCUACUCCAUCAGUGCUAAGGUGGAAGAAGGGUGCCAACUAAAUUCAGCAGAUGACAUAGCAGCUGCAGUUCACCACAUGCUUAGAAUAAUUGAGGAAGAUGGCUAUUGUUAACCUCUGUUGAGAUCAAACCCUAGCUGACCCCAUACAUUUGUAAACUUGUAGUGGAAUUGCCAGAAUGCCACCCUCUCUUUGUUUUCCCCAAGACUUUCUCUUGUUCUUGUAUGUAUGAUUCCUUUUUUCAGUGAAUUAACUAGGAUUUCCAAACAACGCAGAAGAAAAUAAAAAAGAAUGAAAAUUGGACAAUAAAAUGAGUUUUGAACGUG